AUGUACAAUUGAAAAAAAAUGUGGUUCUCAACAAAUUCUCAUCACACCAUUAUGACAAACAUGAGAGUAAUUCUCAUCACUCUCCACCUUGUUUUGGUCACCAUCGGCACCGUAGUUCCGAUGAGAACCGAAUCAGCCCGUGCUUUCUUUGUUUUCGGCGACUCGCUGGUUGACAAUGGUAACAACAACUAUUUGCCAACCACGGCACGCGCCAACUCUCCUCCUUAUGGCAUUGACUAUCCAACUCGUCGUCCUACCGGCCGCUUCUCCAAUGGUUUCAACCUCCCCGACCUCAUAAGCCAGCAAAUUGGAUCUGAACCCAUUUUGCCAUACUUGAGUCCUCAAUUGAACGGACAAAAGCUAUUAGUUGGGGCCAAUUUUGCUUCAGCAGGGAUAGGAAUCCUUAAUGACACCGGCAUUCAAUUUGUGGGAAUAUUAAGAAUGUUUGAACAAUUUUCGUUGUUCAAACAGUACCAACAACGAUUGAGUAGGGAAGUAGGGGUUGUGGAAGCAAAGAGAAUAGUGAAUGGAGCAUUGGUACUUAUGACACUUGGUGGUAAUGAUUUUGUAAACAACUAUUUUCUGACUCCACUUUCUGCUAGGUCUCAACAAUUUACUGUGCCACAAUUCUGCACCUAUAUUGUCUCUGAAUAUCAUAAAAUACUUAUGAGAUUAUUUGAGUUGGGAGCUAGAAGGGUGCUUGUAACCGGAACUGGCCCAUUGGGUUGUGUUCCUUCUCAGCUAGCUACAAGAAGCACAAAUGGAGAAUGUGUAAAUGAGUUACAACAAGCUGCUCAAAUCUUCAACUCACUUUUAGUUCAAAUGACUAAAGAUCUCAACACCCAAUUGGGCUCAGAUGUUUUUAUUGCUGUCAAUGCCUAUCAAAUGAACAUGAAUUUCAUCACCAAUCCUCAAGAUUUUGGUUUUGUUACAUCAAAGAUGGCUUGUUGUGGUCAAGGACGUUUUAAUGGAGUGGGAUUAUGCACCACAUUGUCAAAUCUAUGCCCAAAUCGUGAUGUCUAUGCAUUUUGGGACCCCUUUCACCCAACUCAACGUGCUUUGGAGUUUAUUGUUCGAGACAUGUUCAAUGGAUCCUCUUAUUAUAUGAACCCUAUGAACCUCAGCACCAUAAUUGCCAUGGAUGCCAACAUCUAAUAAAUAAAAUGAUUUCAACUAUAUCAUUAUUAUUAUGUGUGACUCCUAUAUAUUAGAGGCGAAAAUAUCAUUGUAUUUUUAUUUUGUAUGUUUGGAUCAAGCAAUUUCCAUCAUGUAUCAAGUCCAUUCUACUAGUGUUUUGUGACUACUAAUGAGAUAGGUGGUAGUCCUCGUUGUAGUUUAAAUUUAAAAAUUAAAGUAAUCUACUAAUAGUUUAUGAUUUGAUUAGUGUAUAAAUAUAUUUUCAAUCUUGUCCUUUUA